UCAAUAACAACUGCAGACCUUUCGGUUGCUUGCUACAAUUCAAGAUCUUUAAAACAAUUCGCUACCAUGAGCUCACUGAAAUACUUAACUCAAGCUAAAGAAGAAGAGGUCUUCUGGACAGAAAAAGAAACUCUCGUAAAAGAGGAGAAGGAGGAAGAGGCUGUAACAGUUAAAAUAGAAAUACAAGGUGAGGUUGUUACAAUGAAAGAAGAGAAUGAAGCAUUAGGUGUGAAAGAGGAGGAGGGUAUUAUUGUGAAAGAAGAGGAGAUUAAUGUAAAAGAGGAGGAUGACGAAGUUAUUGUAAAAGAGAAAGAGGAAGAUGUUACUGUGAAAGAAGAGGAGGAAAAUAACGCUGUUUAUGAAUUAAAGCCACAGGGGGUGAAAACGGUCACAUUCAAACAGGAGGAAGAUGAACUGAAGACAGGAGACCAAAACAUCAGAGAGACACCAGACGCCCACUCUGAGAGUGGGAAGAGUGCUUCAGGGGAACCAAACUCAGAGACAUCCACACCAGCAAGACCACGCCAAUGCUCCCAGUGUGGGAAGAGUUUUAUGUGGUUAUGUCACUUGAAAAGGCAUGUGAGGACACACACUGGAGAGAAGCCCUACAAGUGCUCCCAUUGUGGAAAGAGCUUUACGCAAUUAGGAGAUAUGAAAAAACACAAGGGAACGCACACCGGAGAAAAACGCUACCAUUGCUCUCAGUGUGGAAAAGGUUUUCGACACUCAUGGUAUCUAAAGCUUCAUGAAACAACACAUACUGGUGAAAAGCCAUUUAAGUGCUCCCAGUGUGAUAAGAGUUAUAUCCGGUUAGGGCAUCUGAAAGACCAUGAGAGAACACACACAGGAGAGCAUUCUUACUACUGCUCACAGUGUGGGAAGGGUUUUGGGCAUGUAGGGUAUCUGAAAGUGCAUGAAAGAACACACACUGGAGAGAAGCCAUACCAAUGUUCUCAGUGUCAAAAGAAGUUUUUCACCUUAGGAAAUCUGAAUCAACAUGAGAGAACACACAUAGUAGAUAGGCCUUUUCACUGCUCACAUUGUGGAAAGGAUUUUAAAUGCUCCAAAUAUCUAAAAAGGCACAAGAGAAAACACACGACGGAAAAGGUAUAUAGAUGCUUUCAGUGUGGAAAUGAAUAUAGUUCAUCAAGGGACCUGAAAAUACAUGAAAGAAUACAUACUGGAGAAAAGAUACAUAAAUGCUCUCAGUGUGGGAAUGAAUAUUUCUCGUCAAAGGUCCUGAAAGCCCAUGAGAGAACACACUCCGUAGAGAAGUCUUACCACUGCUCCUCUUGCGGAAGGAGUUUUAUGUGUUUAAGUAUCCUGAAAAAGCAUGAGAUGACACAUACAGGAGAGAAGCCUUACCACUGCUCCCACUGUGAAAAGAGAUUUACCCGGUUUGAUCACCUGAAACAACAUAUGACACGCACACAUGAAAAAAAACACGCGCAUGUUGCAUGAGAGGACAAAGGUGAGAGGCCUUUCCAGCUUGUGUGUGGAAAGAGUUCUAAAAUGCAGUUACAUUCCAACAUUGAAUUGCAAUUAGGGCUAGGCGAUAUUGCCCAAAAGUAAUGUCUACUUUUUUCGGCGGGUGGGAUUGUUUCUAUGAUUAAUUACUUUUAUCUCUGUCUUGUUAUUCUCUUAAACGACAAAAAAAAGUUAAUCAGUGUAACAUAUAUAUUUUAUUUUUUACACAUCUUUUCUUAAUAUUAGCUGCUAAAACCCUAAUAUAACCUUUGAUGGUCCUGACUUAAAUGUCCUUACCUGUCAAGAUCUGCAAUAGUUGUAGAGUAGUACCAAAGCCCAGCUCCACCACACACACUAUUUUGGAAUGUUUUGCCAGUCAAUCUGGUAUUUAUUAACACAUUUUAAUCUUAAAUGUAUUUCUGUAUUUCAAUUAAACAAUCAUUCUUAACCAUAUCAGUUGGGGUGGCAAAGUAUGACACAUUAGCAAACAUAUUGGUGACUCAAUCACAUGUAGCAACAUUGUCAAGGCACUGGUUCCUUUGCCAAAUGUUUGCGGUUUCAUAAUUGAUCGUUGGCAUCAAUUGUACAGUAUUAAGUAGGUUUUGAAACCGGGCUUUCCACUAUACAGAUGGGAACCAUGUGUUUGGCAAAGAGCAUGUCACUAUAUCUGAUUAUUAUAGUUAUUUCAGUUACCAGUGGUUUGCCAAACGGGACCGACACAUAGAGUAAAAAAAUGAUUGAUUAGUACGAUAUGGACAUUAAGCUGAAUGGAGCCCUUUUUAGAAUUGGCCAGACAGAUAAUGAAUGCUGCAUUUUUUUUUGAAAAUUAAAUGAUCUAAAUAACUCUGAUCAUGAACUGUAUUUUUCUUUGCCAUGUGAUUAUUGAUCUUAAUGUGUUCCAUAAAAGAAAAUUGGGGGCUUGAGUUCUAUGUAACCCACAAGAUGGUCUUAAAAUAUUUUCAGACCACUGUAAUUAGUUACACCGAUCAGCCAUAAUAUUAUGACCGCUGACAGGUGAA